UGGCUUUGGCGAUGGACGGGGAGGCCUGGGAUGCUUUGGGAGGAGCGGACAAGGAGGCGCUAGAGUGGCGGAUCCGGGAGUGUGUGCCGGCCUGGUGUGCCGGGGGCGGAAGUGAAGCCGACGAGUGUGAACGCGCCCCGGGGGCACGGGCGAGGGCGCGGGCGGCCCCGCCGCAGCUGUGCUGGGGCUGAGCGCGGCUCUCCGGAUGGGAGGGCGUCGCGGGCUGGGUCCCAGGCGGGGCUGGAGAAGAGCAGCCGGGAGCACAGAUUUGGGGAAGUGGUUCCGGAGCGAGGACUACACAGUACACGUCCGGCUCAAUGACUACCUGGACAUCAUCUGCCCGCAUUACGAGGACGACACUGUGGCGGCCGCCGCCAUGGAGCGGUACACCCUGUAUCUGGUGGAGCGUGAGCAGUACCAGCUGUGCCAACCCCAGUCCAGGGACCAGGUCCGCUGGCAGUGCAACCAGCCGAGCGCCAGGCACGGCCCGGAGAAGCUGUCGGAGAAGUUCCAGCGCUUCACGCCCUUCACCCUGGGCAAGGAGUUCAAAGAGGGACACAGCUACUACUACAUCUCCAAACCCAUCCACCACCAGGAAGACCAGUGCUUGAGGUUGAAGGUGAUCGUCAGUGGCAAAAUCACUCCCAGUCCUCAGGCCCAUGUCAAUCCACAGGAGAAGAGACUUCCAGCAGAUGACCCAGAGGUACAGGUCCUACACAGCAUCGGGCACAGCGCUGCCCCCCGCCUCUUCCCACUUGCCUGGGCUGUGCUGCUUCUGCCGUUCCUGCUGCUGCAAACCCCAUGAAGACAUAGGCCACACCUGGCCUGAGGAUUUAGAACUGGGCCGAGGAGGCAGGACGGGCACCCUCACCUGUUCGGGGACCCCUCCCACGGCCCCAGUCCCCCUGGGAACCAUUCCCACCACAUGCACAAGCUGCCAUCCAGCAGCCUCAAAACGGGUAUCAAGAGUUUCAACCCAAAGGGGGUCGGCAAGCCUGGUAGUGCCAUCACUGCCUCCACCUCGAGGGAUGGACAGGGGAGUGGGGAUAGGCCUUCCCCCACCAUUUCUGCCCUUAAGCCAAAGGAACAAGCUGUGCAAGAUGUGGCCUCUUGAGAAGGCCAAGCUGGAGGGAGCCUGCGGUCAUACACAUGGACACUGAGCUUGGCAAAGAUGCCCCUCCAGAGAGAGCCAGGAUGCCCAGAGGCACUGGCUGCAGGAGGAGUGUGAGACAGUUUCAUGCCUGGGAACCAGAGAGGGGAGAGGCAGCGCGCUUGGGCUGAUCCAGCAUCUCCCCAAGACUUCCGGAAGUCUUUGGAGCUGCCGGGGAGAGGGCUGCAGCCAGGCACUGCGUCCCAUCCUCUCCCAUCUGAGGGUAGCACUCCACAGAGCUGUGCCAGCAGGGGGGCUGUGCCAACCUGUGUCUAGAGUUUAGGUGUAGGGGCAGGGCCCACGUGGACAGGAUCUGUAUAUAAACUUGAUGUGUGUCUGUGAUUUCUACAACUGGACUUUUUUUAUACAAAUAAUAAAACAACGUGUUUAUUUGGA